AACAUGAAAAAUGUUACAGAGGUCACCAUCUUUGUACUGAAGGGUUUCACAGAUAAUCCUGAACUGCAGUUCAUCUUAUUUUUUCUGUUUCUAGCAAUCUACCUUUUUACUCUGACAGGAAAUUUAGGCCUUGUUGUCUUGGUCAUUGGAGAUUCCCGGCUCCACAAUCCCAUGUAUUAUUUUCUGAGUGUGCUAUCUUUCUUGGACGCAUGCUAUUCCUCAGUAGUUACCCCAAACAUGUUAGUAAAUUUUAUGUCAAAGAAUAAAGACAUUUCAUUCAUUGGCUGUGCAACACAGAUGUUUUUCGACGUUACCUUUGGAACAACAGAAUGCUUCCUCUUGGCGGCAAUGGCUUAUGAUCGCUAUGUAGCCAUCUACAACCCACUUAUGUAUUCAGUUAGCAUGUCACCCAGAGUCUACGUGCCUCUCAUCGCUGCUUCUUAUGUUGGUGGUGUUUUGCAUGCUAUUUUACACACAGUUGCCACGUUUAGUCUCUCCUUCUGUGCCUCCAAUGAAAUUAGGCAUGUCUUUUGUGACAUCCCUCCUCUGCUUGCUAUUUCCUGUUCUGAUACUCACAUCAACCAGCUUCUCCUCUUCUACUUUGUGGGUUUCAUUGAACUAGUCACUAUCCUGAUUGUUCUGGUCUCCUAUGGCUGCAUAUUCAUGGCUAUUCUGAAGGUACGUUCUGCUGAUGGAAGGCGGAAAGUGUUUUCCACUUGUGGCUCCCACUUAGCUGGAGUGUCGAUUUACCACGGAACAAUCCUCUUCAUGUACGUGAGGCCAAGUUCAAGCUAUGCUUUGGACCACGACAUGAUAGUUUCUAUAUUUUAUACUGUUAUAAUCACCAUGUUGAAUCCAAUUAUCUAUAGUUUGAGGAACAAAGAUGUAAAAGAAGCAAUUAAGAAAGUGUUUGGGAGAAAAUGGUUUAUGAGUAAAGUAUAUUUUUAA